CAAAGAUUGUUUACAAAUGGCGGGUGCACAGCAAACUUACCCUAAAUGGCUUUUGGCAUGCAAACAACAUAUUACAGAUUCAAAGGAAUGGGAUAGUUUUCUGAAGGAGUUACACGAUGCUAUUCAGCAGCAGUUAACACAAAGCCAUGUACAAUACUUCAGUGAUUUGUCAGAACCUGAGAAAGAACUGUUUAUGGAAAGGGCAACACAGGCUAUCAAGGGAGGAACAGUAUAUAAUGGCUUAUGCAAGAAAGUUUCUGUAAUAACUGACCAAAGUUUAAAUGAAGAUGUCUCUAGGCAGCUAUUGGAAGAAUCUCCCAUGGACACUAAAACUGACUUAGUAAUUGAGAGUGCUGAAGAAGGAGCAUUAAGUCUACUGAAGAAAUGGCCAGAUAUGAAAAACAAACUUUAUAUUUGUCUAAAUCAACCCCUGCCAUUACAUAUACGACAAUUAACAUGGAGGCUAUACUUAUCUAAUACAAAAGAAUAUAGUUACUCUGUUCGGAAGCAUUACAUUGAUCAGCUCAAUACUAAUCCUAGGGCUGCUAUAUCUAUGUACGAUUAUGAUAUAUCACAAAAAUGUGAAACAUUGCUGAAUUCAGAACCUACGUUUAAUGACCUAAGAGGCUCAGUUGGUAUUUUUUAUGGUAUGAAAGCUACACUUUCCUAUUAUCAUUCUAUUCUAAAAACCAAAAACAGACUAAGAGAUGUAGAACACCUUUUAGCAGUACCAUUUAUGGAUGUAGCUUCUACUAAUAUAUCAAGACGAGAACCACCACCAGGAAGAGUUGUUGCCCUUAUUGUUGAAGAAUUCAUGACAUUUUUAGGAAGUCGACCAGGAUUUGUUGUAGAUUCAGGGUCAGAUGACCAUAAUGAUGAGGUUAUAGCCUUUAUAGACAAAGUAGCUAAACUUCUACAGAGACGCCACCCUGAAGUAUCUAGAAUGAUAACAGAAAAGUUUGUACCUGUGAAAGAAAAAAUAGUUGCUACAGAAACAGGAAGUUACGCUUUGUUAACAGAAGGAUUGAUGACCUUGAUACGACCUAUGAUUAGAAGCGUGUUUGUCACCUAUCUUAAAAUGGAUACUUUGUUAUAUAUAUGGGACCAGUACAUGAUAGGAGUAGACACACCAGGAUUUAACAAUGAAUGGCUGGCCAUUGUAACAGUGACAUUGCUGGGAUUAAUUAAAGAAAAACUUAAAGAAGCUACCUCACCAGCACAUAUGGAGAAAAUACUGAAAGCAGAGAGUUGUAAGCUAACUGUACCACAGUUUCAGUAUGAAAUAAAACUACAUUAUUACAAAGAUUUGUUUUCUUUAUUGACCAAAGACCAGAAAGCUGCAAUGCCUAUUUUAGAUCCAACUCAAGCACAACAUCCUCCCUGGAGACAUUGGUACAAUGAUGUAAUACCACCUCAUACUAAACCUCAGGAUAGGAGGAAGGCUAGAGAGGAAAGAGAGGCUGAGAGGGAUAGACAAUUACAACAGCAAAAAGACGUUGAAACUGCUAGAAAGGAACAAGAUCAAAGGGAAAGAAGCUUUAAAACCCCAUCUGUUGUGGGAAGAGCGCAAGCUCCUAGCACAUACUUGGGUAGUGAUAAACGUUACUCUGUAGUGAAUAGUACAAAACCAGAUGAAGAGGAAACCUUUCUCAAGAUGGCUGCUGUAGACAGACAAAGAGUGGAGGAGGAAAGAAUAGCAUUACAAGAUCAGUUAGAUGAGGAAAGAAGGAGAAGAAUUGAAGCUGAAAAACGAGCACAAGCUGAAAUAGAUCAACUUAAACUAGAGUUAGCUGCAAUGAAACAUACAAAACCACCAUCUAGAGCUCCUUCAACAAACAGCAUGUCAUCAAAUAUUAGUCGUUUGAUAAUAGCUCCACCACCCAGCAGAGCCUCAAAAAUAACAAUAGAACCAUUAGUUGUGUUGCCUCCUGUUGAGGAAGCAAGGACACCAACUCCAGCACAAACACCUACAGAGCAGAGAAAUAAAAUCAUCAUAGACUUCCUUAGACGUGCAAAGCAUGGGGUUGAUAAAGUUGCCCAUGCAGAGGGAAAUGAUAAGUCAGAUUUAGACAGAGAGACUGAAGGAUAUCUUAGACAAAAUGUUAGAGACAUCAAAAAUGCACAGAAAGAAGUAUUUGGCAAGACAUUGGAUCCAGGAGAGUUUGACAAGAUGCCACCAAAGAAACAACAAGAUACAAGUGAAAAGAUGAUUAAAUUGAUGCAGAAAUGGAGAGAAGAAAGAAGGGCUAAAGAACUGGCAAAGAAAAGAUAGAAAAUGAAAGUUGACAUGGAAACUUAUGGUGCAUUAAAAACUUAUUUUGUUUGAAGACAACACAAUUUAUUGUUGUGGAUUUUUAACUUACAAUAAAUAAACCGCUAGUGAAAUAUUUGUGAUUUUGUAAUUGAUAUUGUGUAAUCAGAAAUAUUUUUCUAGUUUAAUACAAAAUUUGUGACAGGAUUAAAAUAUCAUUAAGAAUCUCUUGCAUUCUAAAAUUUGAUAGUUCUUUUAUGUAGUAAUUCCUGAGAUUUCAUAAUUGAAAGCCACAUUUUUGUCUGUUUGUUCAACACAGGGAUUGAUAAAUACAUACUGUAUUUUAGAAUUAACAGCAUAAAAUAUUAUAAUGUGCUUUCAUCUUUGAAAAUGAAAACUUUUCUUUUGAUACUGCUUGUUUCAGCAAGAAAGUUAGUUGAUUCCGUUAUCCAGAACAAUCUCCUAUUUAUAACUGUAAUUUAUGAUCAAGGUUUGUCCUUAUAUGUUUACUGUUACUUGACUAUAGGUGUUGCUGUUAACCUUUACCUAUUGAUCAACCAGAUUGUAAAAUUGACAAUACAAUUGGGACAUUUAAAUUGACCAGUUGGUAUUGUUAGAGUUGACAAAUAGAUGAUCACUCAUGCAUUUAGAGUCUAGCUUGAUCCUGUCCCAUCAGACGCCAUCAUUACACCUGUUCAAUUGUAACUAUUGAAGUGUAACAGGGAUUUUUUUUUUAAAUAUUGAGAAUGAAAUCUUCUGAUAACUUGACUUUUGAUACUGCUUGUUUCAGUAAGAAGAUUAGUUGAUACUGUUUUUCCAGAACAAUCUCAUAUUUAAAACUGUAAUUUAUGUUCAAGGUUUGUCUUUAUAUGUUUAAAAUGUAGAAAGUUUUCAAAUUUUGAAAAUUUCAUGUUUCUGUUAAUGGAAAUUCUGUGCAAAUCUGUGAAUAUCAUGUCAUUUUUAUGCCCCACCAUCACCAGAAGGGGCAUUAAGUGUUAAACUUGUCUGUUGGUACGUCCCAAAAUUGGUUUCUGUUCUCUAACUUUAGUUUGCCUCAACCAAAUGUUAUGAAACUUAGACACAAUGCUUAUUACCACAAAACACAGAUCUAGUUCGAAAUUUGCUGGCCUCACUUUUACUGUUCUCUAGUUAUGCCCUUUAUAACGUUAUAUGCAUGCAGGGGCAUCAUCUGUGUCCCAUGGACACAUUCUCCAUUUAUUUUUUUUAAGAUCCUGAUUGAUUGUUCAUAAAAUCAAAAUUAUAAAAUUUAAGACCAUUUUCAGAAACUGCUGUAUAAGGUGCUUUAAUUUAUAAUAGGAAUCAUUCGUGCCAAAUAAUCUUGAUGAAUUUAAGAUGUAUGUUGUAAAACUUUUGCAGUAUUUAAUAUUGUUUUUUUUAUUGAACCAAAAUUUGUUCAGGAUUCAAUUUCAAAUAGAUUUAAGAACAUAUCAUAUCAGAAUUUAUGAAAAUUUAUCUCAAGGGACCAGAUUUGUAUACAUGGACAUGCAUCAUGGAAUAAAGUAGAAAAAUAUUUUAGAGUAAGAAUAUUAAAGAGGCAGAAAAAGAAGUGCAAGCAACAAAAAAGAUCUCAAUUUACAAUUAAUUUUAAACUUUAUUUCAAUUGUUUGAUGUAAAGUAAAGAAUUUCUUUUAGUUGAGAAUGUUUCUUGGUAAGUAUUUAGCACAAAAACAGUUUCAAAGUUUUUUUUAGGGGAAAGGCAGAUUAGAUGAUUAAAAGCUGUGAUAACUUCAGGAAUUACCCUUAUGCGAUGUAAUAUCCGUCCUUAUUUAAAUGUUUUAAAUGAAUACACCCAGGAGACUACACUAUUUAUAACUUUUAUGUUUCUAUAUUUUAUAUACUAUACUUGUUUGUUAUUUAUAAGGAUCUUUAUGUUAUGAAAAUAAUAAAAAAAUAAUAAUAUU